GGUAUACCGUCGUCGCCGGGUGGUUUACCACGAAAUCUUCCGUAUUUAACCGCACACUUUGUUGGAAGAGACGUGGACGUAGAUAAAAUCUUAACGAAACUGCAGACCUUUCGUAUGGUUGUUCUUCUUUCCAUCCCGGGAAUGGGUAAGACUGAAGUGGGAAUCCGUGUAAGUCACUUGUUAAAGCAAAGGGGAGACCAGUUUGUAACGCAUAUUCGAGUAGAAAGUCAUCAUCAGAAGCUCGCAGACAUCUGCAGUGAGAUUCUUGAUCGACUGAGUAGUCGCACCUAUUCGGAAACUGCUAAUUUUAAGUCUCUUGCGAAGCGUAAACUAUCGGAGCGAAAUAUCCCAACUGUCAUUGUACUAGACAAUACAGAGAAUAUACAGGGCGAGGAAUUUGAUGAAUUCGCUCAAUGGCUUGUGAAAUCUGCCCCGAGUGUAAAGCUGGUAGUCACUACUCGAAGACAUGUUGGAUUCGUGUCGCCAGACGUUUGUAAGUUCCCUCUCGCACCUUUGGAUCCCGACUCGUCUGCUAAACUACUUCGGAGUCUUGUUGAUGACUGUAGCGAGGAACACUCCAAGGAACUUGCUAAAUUAUGUGGUGGGAUACCACUCCUGCUUGUGACCUGUUCUGACUUGCUGAACAAUGGUUUUAGUCGCGAGCUAUUAAUCCAACAGCUCGUGAAUAAUGCAAUAAAACUUUUCAGGAUCAGUGCGAAAGAUGUUUAUAACACGCUGGAAGUAUUUUUUGACAAUUUUUCCGAUGAGUUAAAAGAAAAUCUUGUUCUUUUUUCUGUUUUCCCAUCGGAGUUCACAGCUCAAGACAUUCAGUUUCUUUUUGAAGAUCCUUUACUCUGUGAAAAUGUGAAGACCAGGAUGGUCAAGUAUGCUCUUCUUCAGAGGGACGCCGAUGGAAAGAUGAGGAUGCAUCCUUUGGUCCAAGCCUACUUCCGGACAGAGAAUGAAUCACUAGGCAAGGGUGACCUGUGGCGUGGCACUCAGCGUAAAUUUAACCACCAUUACCUUGAUCAGCUGAGAGUCUUGGGCAAAGAUUUUAUUAGCAAAAAUUCAGCUUCGGUUGCGAUCCGUAAGUUUCGACUGCAGAAAGCCAACAUCAUGGAAGCGCUAAAGAAUUGUCUCGAAGACUCUAGCGAUUCAAAUGACAAACAUUUCGUUUUAGACGUCGUCAACAAUACAGAAGUGCUGGAUUUUGUGGCAAAAGUUCUAAUACCCCCUAAAGAGUGCACAGUGCUGUACCAGAAAUGCUGUGAUAUUGCUGAAGUGUCUGGCGAUAAGAAGAGGCACGCAGAGAGCUUGAAUUCGCUGGGAUUCCGUCGUCUCUGUGACGUGUCUCACAGCAAAGACAGCCCAGAAGAAAACCAAGUCACGCUUGCAAAGUUUCAGGAAGCAUAUGAAAUGCGCAGGACACUACCAGAAGAAGAAAAAAAGUCCCAAACGCAUGCGCACACAGCUAGUAAGCUUGGAGUAUGUUUUGUAUUGCAGGUGAGAUCAUAGUAAUUAUAAAGGAGGACUGUGUGCCAGUUUCUUUUAAAUUUGAUUUUCCUUCUUAUCUCUUCCUUUUUAAGGGGAAUUUUGUCAAUGGCUUCCUUUUGAAGUACCGUCCCUGCAUUUUCUUUUUGUGGGGCUCAUGAGAAUCUUACGCCAAGGCGAAGUGUGCAAGUUCUUCUUGUUUACCGAAGAUUGAAGGAAAUUUAAUGAAACCUUAUCAAUAAAAGCGGAAAUGCGCGAGUUUGCGUCAAUCCUAAUAGGGUGUCACUCGCACUGAGGUAGACUGGACCGGGAUAUUUACAAGAAUUGUUUGUUUUGCAGGGAGAAGAAAAAAAAGGACGAGAGCUCAUACAGGAAGGAAUUUCAAUAAGAAAUUCUUUAAGUGACUGUUUGUAUGUUGCUGCUGGAUACUGUGACCUUGGAAGUAAGUAAAUGUUUUGGGUUGCACUUCAUAUAACACCCGCGUAUCCUUGUAGGAGACUGAAUGGAGGCUAAAAGGAUGACAAAGCGCAUUGUAAAAUUCCGAAUUGGGUGCUUUCUUUUAGUAAACCGAGAGGAAAACAGAUAAAUUUAUAAUUAAAUAAAAGCUGAAAAGAGGAAAUACUUAACUUAUGUAUUGGAAUCUCGUCGAGUCUUAUUUUCAUCGAGAAAGAGGGACUAGUCUUGUCUAUAGGCUUCGACGUGAAAGUAAAACAAUCAUUUCUGAAUGCUUGAUCCCUAACAGGUGAACUUCCGCAUGUAUGUUCUCCAUACUGUUCUAAAAAAUUUCCUAUUUCCUAUUUCUAUAACUAUGAAAAAGUUAUAUCUUGUCUUCAUACUUUGUUAGUUUCUUAUCGACUGAGUGGUGAUCAUCAAAAAGCAAUCGCUAUAUGGAAAGAGAACACCAUUUCUGUUUACGAAGAGCAACUUGGUGACCACCCCUGGACAGCUUCAAUUUUGUCCUACAUCGCUGACUCGUACAAGUCCCUUGCGGCUAAAGGCUAUGAGCGAGAUUACAUCGACCAGGCAGAGAGGUACUUCAGGAAGGCUCAAGAGCUACGAAAGAGGCUGUUGGGUCAUCAUCAAGAUACAGCUCGUUCGGGCGUUCAGCUUAGCGAUAUCUUAGUCCUUCAAGGACGAUUCGAUGAGGCUUUGGAGGAGCUCGAAGAGGCCUUAGUAAUUCAAAAGGAUAUUUUGGGCCCCGACCACAAGAUCACAAAGAAUACUGUGAGCAAAAGGAGUGAUGUGAUGGACAAACGAGGAUCAAAUCCUCGUUAA